UGAGAGACGAGGCAUAAUUUCACAUAAAAAAAACUUAGAUUUUGGCACAUUAAAUAUUUGCCCCAAGGGUUACACAAAAUCUUGGCAUAAAAUAAGGGCAAAGAAAUUCCUCAACUUCGUUGACUUUGAAUUUCACUAUUCAAAAUUUCAAAUUCAGUCUUGCUUUCAUCUGAGCUCACAUUUGUUGAAUGGAAUUGGAGGAUCCACCACUUCACCAAACAAAGUCCCUUUUAGUCUCUCCAUUUUUUCCGCCACCAAAAAUCCUAAUCAUGUCUCUUCCCCUCCUCUGCCUUCUCUUCUUCUUCACAUCUCCGGCGGCCGCCCAACCGCCGCCGGCACYCAAGCCCCGCAACUUCUCCGCCUUCUCCAUCUCCCAAUCCCCAUGGCGGCCUGAACAAAACCUCAUUCUCCUCUCGCCCAACUCCCUUUUCGCCKCCGGCUUCCGCCCAUCAACCAACAACUCCAAUCUCUACGUCUUCUCCGUUUGGUUCCUCAACGUCUCCACCGACAACGUCGUUUGGUCCGCCAAUCGUCUUUCUCCGGUAAACCGCUCGGCGGCUCUGGCCAUCACGUCCUCCGGCCAGCUCCGUCUCAACGACGGCUCCGGCCRAAACCUCUGGCCUUCUAACAAUGUUUUUGGGAAUCCAAAUUCGACGAAACUGAUGCUUCGCGACGAUGGGGAUCUUAUCUACGCAACGUGGGAGAGCUUCCAAUUCCCCACCAACACCAUUUUGCCAAAUCAGACGUUUAACGAAACCACCAUCGUCUCCAACAACGGCAAAUAUGAGUUCAAGAACUCUGUUAAUUUGACGUUUGGUACAGCUACGUAUUGGAACUCCGGAAAUCCCUUCAAUAUUUUUCAAACUGAUGGUCGAAUCAUCAGAAACAACCAAGGCCCAAUUUUCCCCUCUGAUUUUAACUCGACCCGACUGCGGAAAUUGGUUGUUGAUGAUGAUGGGAACCUCAAGAUUUUCAGCUUCAACUCCAAUCUCCAGCGGUGGGGUGUGGUUUGGCAAGCGCACGUUGAGUUGUGUCAGAUUUAUGCAACUUGUGGCCCGAACUCCAUUUGUAUGAGUGGUGGCAGCUACAAUUCCACCUACUGCGUCUGCCCUCCGGGAUUCAUCCCGGAUUCUCGCGGCGGAGCACGGCAAGGAUGCCACCGGAAACUCAAGGUAUCAAAGAAAGUCAAGUUUCUUCCGCUCGAUUUUGUGACUUUCAGAGGUGGGGUUAGAGAAAUUUCCUUGCAAGUCAUGAAUAUUUCGAUGUGUGAAGCGAAUUGCGUGAAGAAUGCGAGCUGCGUUGGGUAUACGUUCAGUUUCGAUGGAAGCGCUGUGUGUGCGCUUCAGUUAGACAUUUUGUCGAACGGGUUGUGGUCGCCCGGGAUGAAGAAAGCUGCCUUUGUGAAGGUCGAAAAUUCGGAAACUGAUCGCUCAAACUUCACCGGAAUGAUGUACAGACUCGAAUCGACGUGUCCGGUUCACAUCACCCUCCGCCCGCCGCCGGAAGAUAAAGACAACACCACCAGAAACGUACUGAUAAUCAUCUCCAUAUUCGUGGCGGAACUAAUUUCGGGGGCGGUUUUCUUCUGUGCAUUCUUGAAGAGAUUCGUAAAAUACAGAGACAUGGCUCGCACGCUCGGUCUGGAGUCGCUCCCCGCCGGCGGGCCGAAGCGGUUCACCUACGCCGAGCUGAAAACUGCCACCAACGACUUCUCGAACUCCAUCGGAAGAGGCGGAUUCGGCGAGGUCUUCAAAGGGGAGUUGCCGGAUAAACGCGUGGUCGCCGUCAAGUGUUUGAAAAACGUUGCCGGCGGCGACGGCGACUUCUGGUCAGAGGUCACCAUCAUCGCCCGAAUGCACCACCUCAACUUGCUCCGAUUGUGGGGAUUCUGCGCCGAAAAGGGUCAAAGAAUGCUGGUCUACGAGUACAUCCCCAAUGGAUCUCUCGACAAAUUCCUGUUCAUCAAACCGCAGCCCUCUGAUUCGGAGACGGACGCAACAGAGACGGCCGGAGAAAACCCCUCACUCGAUUGGAGCGUCCGGUACCGAAUCGCCAUAGGAGUGGCCAGAGCAAUCGCGUAUCUGCACGAGGAAUGUCUGGAGUGGGUGUUACAUCGAGACAUAAAACCCGAAAACAUCCUUCUGGACAACGAUUUCUGCCCGAAACUAUCGGAUUUCGGGCUGUCGAAACUGAGGAAAAACGACGAGACGGCGGUGAGCAUGUCUCGGAUCAGAGGGACGCCGGGUUACGUGGCGCCGGAGCUGGUGAAAUUGGGUUCGAAUUCAAUAACGACGAAGGCCGACGUGUACAGCUUCGGAAUGGUGCUGCUGGAGAUCAUCAGCGGGACGAGGAACUUCGAGACGAAAAGAUCGACGGUGGAGAGCGCGGAUUGGUACUUUCCGGGAUGGGCGUUCGAGAAAGCGUUCGUGGAGGAGAAGAUCGAAGAGAUUCUAGACCGUCGGAUUAGGAAUGAGUACGACAGCGGAUCCCAUUUUGCUAUGGUAAAUCGUAUGGUUUCAACGGCGAUGUGGUGCCUUCAGAACCAGCCGGAGAUGCGGCCGCCGAUGGGGAAAGUCGUGAAGAUGUUGGAAGGAAAGCUCGAAAUUCCUCCCCCGGAUAAGCCCUCCAUUUACUUCUUGUCAGAACCCCAAAAUUAAUUAUUUUUCAAUUACAACUAAUUUCUAAAUCUUAUCUUAUUACUUUAUCAAACAAAGAAAAAGUCCAAUCUUAUUGGAUAAAUGUAAAAUGCUUUUUUUUAGCGAGGUGGGAAAGACGACMUCUCAAUUUUAU